CUAAGUCGUAUUGUCGAUGGAGGUCCUCGUGUUGGUCUGCUUUGUCAGUUCCUAAGUACAUUGGUUACACAUCUACCACAACUGAUCCGAAAUCCUUCUCAGGGUGCGAAUAAUCCAGUUCGUGUUGAGGUCUUGUUGGAACGCCUGAGCGCGGCCAAACCCGUUGCGGCUGACACGGAUAAUCGUUCCCAGACGGAUAACAGUUCAAUUUUAGCAAUAUGUGGCUUGGUUUUUCAACUGAGCACGGAUAGGUUCCUUACAGACAAAGAGGGCCGAUCACUACUGUUGGCCAUCGCUUCUCGGACUGCUAAUGAUAACCAAUCUGUGACACGGAUUCCGACACCCGUGAGACUAUCUUCAUGGUUGGCCUAUCAGGUGGCUCGACAAGCCAGUCGCUAUGGUCAACACAUGUUAGCUUCCGCUAUCUAUGGGUCUCUAAGCCCACAGGCACUUUCCGAACGAUCCAGUUAUUGGAUUCAGGGCCUGGUCGAGUUUAGCCGAACCGAGGCAACCAUCAUUUCUGUGGCUCGUCGUCUUCGUGGCAAUGUCACAACGCUUGAGGCCGAUGAAAACACGAUCGAUCCCAAUCAACGGCCUCCUCCAUUUCCUUGGGUGUUGGAACUCAUCGAUGCGCUUCGUGGUGCAUGUGAUUCCGCUCUGAAAGCUCGUACGACACUGAUUUGCGUCGGUGGUCCUGAUACACGUUGGUUUCAAGCCGAGUAUGUUGCACUGCGUGCAGAUCUCUUCUCCAAUUUGGCCGAGUUGUGCUCCAAUGCCUAUCAUCACAGUCGUGUCGGCCGUUGGCCCGGUCAAACUAACUCCAUCCCGGGUUCUGCUCCAUGCACUCCAUUCUGGUUAUUGGACCAACUGGAUGUAUGGAACGCCCUGGCCGAACGUCUCGCCACAUUCCAAGCUCAAUGCCUUGACGCGGAACCUGCCACACUCGAACAUUUGAGCGCUCAGGAAAACGUAUCCCAUGAGCAUGCCGUAGUUCCGUUCACGUCAUCGCAAGUCCACUCGUCAGCGUCGUCCCACAGCGAUCCAUUUUCUGCUAUUUUACCCGAUUUGGAAACUGUGGCUCGAAAACGGUUGAAUUUCAAGCCCGUGGCCUUUGCCAAUUUUGACUGGAUUCCAGGACUGGUAUUGACUUUGGUUCGCACAGCAUCUCACUGGCCUCGAUUCUUUUUCCAACGCCUCCAGACCACAAAUGUUCGCCUCGUUCUUUUGCCAAAAGCGGGGAACAAUCCAGACGACGUGUUGACAAUCAGUAAUGAGGUAGGACAUAUGAUUCAAGUGAUGGGUGUGGUGCAACAGCACAGUCGCCGCGGACCGAGCCACUUAUCCCGUCGAAUCACACUGGUUGAGGUUGAGCUGACUGUGACCGAACUGCCGUUUUCUGGCCACUAUGCCCGUGUCUCAUUAUCACAACACGUAGCCACGAUGCACGACCGCGAUCAACAGUCAGUUGUUUUCUAUUCCAAACGAUCAGCUCCGCUUCAGCGAGACUAUUUCCACUGUGAUUUCUGCGUUCAUUUCCCGGGCCAUGUUCAGGGUAAGGCAAAGAAUGGUUCGGUUUCCACGGACAAAUUGUACGCGAUACAAGCCUCACCCAUACUCAUUGACGGUAGCGGAGAACGCUGGCGUCUGACCGGUGUAUCUGGUGCUCCGAAGGAAGUGACCUUGGUUCGGGUGGAGUGUGUGAGAACUGCAAACACAACUGUCGCAUCAGUCAGCUCGACCACGUCGAGUUCUGGGUCUGUUGAACCUGCACACCAGUCUACUUCUCGAUCAGUCUUACCUCCGCCCGGUACAGCUAAAGUUGACAUUAAUCGGACUUCGUUGGACGCACAGUUCUCGCUGACGAAACCGCGACCGAUUGGCCGUCCGGUCGGAGAAACAACCGUUACCCCUGUUGGUAGAUCAACAGCAACCGCAAGAAGUGGGCCUACCUCGUCCGUUUAG